AUGAACAAUCCCCCAGCCAACUUCAGGAAAAUGGUGGCAGUGCUUAGGAAUCUGCCCAGCGAGGAGUUCCUGCUACGAAGCACCAGACGAGUCAACGUGUUCCAAUUCAAACACGCCAUCAUCAAAUUAGGAAAGGAAUACAAAAUGGAGGAGAUCAAGGCGCUGUUCACGUACUUGAUGGAUGAGGGAAUUCUAUUUCGAGUUGAGAAAGUUGACGAUAGCAGCGUCGAUAUCAGCGCAAAGAGGCACCUGAGUGGAACAGACCUCUUCAUUUGGGAGCACGAGGACGACUCGAUGGUCCAUCGCGUCCUGCUUCUCCUGGCUGCCGCUGCCAUUGGCGUCGUUGCCCUCUUCCACUUCUUCCCACGUUGGCACCGCUACGCCCUCUACUACGUCCGCUACCCAGUCCUUGGCUUCCUGCUCUUCAUGCUCGUUGCUGCCCUGCUUCGUCUUGUGGUCUACACGGUCACGCUCUUCCUGUUUCGGGAACAGUGCUGGAUUUGGCCGAAUCUCUUUGCUGACUGUGGCUUCUUUGAGAGCUUUCGACCUGCUUACGAAUGGACAAAGAGUGAGAAGGAGAAAGAAGAGUAG